ACUGGAGGCACUGUCAUAUCGACAAGAACUGACCCUCGCAAUAUUAGCGACAAUUUGUAACUAGGGAUGAGCGUCCGGUCCCUCGCAGAACAAACAGCGGAAACUCUCCUCGUCGCCCUCUUUAUAAUCGGCUUGUGGUUCUUCUGGGCGGCGUCGUUAAUCUUCAACGGCGUCUGGUAUGCGCUUCACCCGACAGAGAUUGUGAAGAAAAUCCGUACGACUGGUGGCCGUCCACCAGUCGCUCUGUCUCGCUCUCGCCGCUCUCUGACCCUUACUCUGCGGCCGCAGCAGGAGGAUAAUGUUCAGCAACGAUGUCACGACCAGCUCCAGUCCCAAUUUUUUACGAAGCUGGCCCCGAGAUCCGCUGCAUGAUAUAUCGCGAGAUCCUUGUGCCUCCAAAUGCGCUUCAUGUCCGGCGGACCCAUCAGAGACUCUGCAGCAUGCCGUGCAGGAAUCUAAACCCCCAGGCGGAUAGGCAAAGUGAUAUUCACAGCUCCUGUUGGCCCCCUUUGGCAGACGACGGCACGGUGUUAAGGCGAUUGCCCGGCGAACCUCCCCGUCAGAAUCAGAUACUGCCGCUGCUUUGCAGCUGUCGCGGAGUUUACACAGAGGCGAUCCGUCUCCUCUACGAAGCGAAUAGAUUCCACUUCGACAGCCCGCUUACGGUGCAGGCAUUACCACUGUGUAUGGUUCCUCGUCGACUCGCAUCAAUACGAUAUAUCAGGCUUGAUAUCCAAGCCUUUGAAAAUCGGGCCAUCGUCGCCGAUGUUUCCUCCUCCUGGGAAGAAGCAUGCACUGUCCUUGCUGGUAUUGAGGCGCUGGAGGAACUUGUCGUCAUCUUACGCUCACUCGACAAGGGGACAAUGUACAAGCCGCUUCCUCUAUUACCUCUGCUGAGGCCUUUGACAAAGAUCACUGCCUUGAGGUAUGUAGUGGAGGUGCCCCCUCUUGAUGACCCGGAAGAGAUUGUCGGCGGGUUGGGAGUUGUGCCAUUCACACUAGAAACGAGGGACUUUCUGCAUGGAGUGAUUCAUCAAUGCUCCUGGUGGGGAAGGGAAGAAUCGGAGAGACCCAGGUGGUUACCUCCACUGUGACUGUGUUAAAGUAAUAAGAAGAUGAUGACGUGCACCUGUCCGGGAAAAAUUGAC